AUGAAGCGAAGCUCGGUACGUCUUAUGGGCAUUGUUAACGAGAGAGAGAAGGGGCUCAGCCUCAGACGCACCGCGGUCACGACGGCGCGCCUGAAUUUUCUGUCGGGGCGGAGCCCGUCGUGGAGAAGAAGGAGCCUCCUCUCAGCCAUCGCGGAAGACGGCUGCACCCCUCAACCCCAACCUCAACCUCAACCUCAACCUCAAUCCCAACCACCAACCUCAACCACCAUGGAGAACAUGCGCGGCGUGCGACGGAAGGAUACCACCAAGGGUCCUCCCCUCCGUAUUCUGUCUCUGGACGGAGGUGGCGUGCGAGGUUACUCGAUGCUCAUUAUCAUUCAAGAGCUCAUGCAUAGAACAUUCGUCGAGAUGGAAGGCCGAGCGCCCAGAAGGCAUGAGAUCCCGAAGCCGGCAGAUCAUUUCGACCUCAUCAUCGGAACCGGAACCGGAGGCCUGAUCGCCAUCAUGCUGGGAAGGUUGCGCUUGGAUCUGGAGACGUGCAAGGAGGUCUAUGUGCGCAUGACCAGGAAAGUCUUUGAGACGGACAAGACCAUCGCCGGAAUACCGUACCGGUCGACGCUGUUCAAGGCUUCGAAGCUGGAGGAGGCUAUCCGGGAGUGCGUGAGGGAACACACCAUACUGACGCGGGAAGGUAACGACGGACAGGAGCCGGAGGGUCUGGCAGGCCUGAACAGCCCUGUCAGCCCUUUAAACAGCAGAGGUGGGCCGCGGCGCCAUGGUAGCAAUGCGAGCGUGGCAAGCUUCAGUGCCAGAAGUCCGUCUAGCUGGCAAAAUAAGACGCCGGUGGAUUGGAGAUAUGGAAACGCGGAUGCCGUAUUAUACGACAACAGGGAGAAUAGGACGAAGACAUGUGUGACGGCAAUAUAUCAAGGUACCCCGAAGGGUGGCCUACCAGCACUUUUACGAUCUUAUGAUUCACGAAAGGAACCCCCUCCCGAAUUCGAUUGCACUAUUUGGCAAGCUGGAAGAGCUACUUCAGCAACCGGACUAGCAUUCAAACCUAUUCAGAUAGGGCAGUCGGUUUUCAUCGACGAGGGCGCAGGACAAUAUAAUCCUGCACCAUUUGCGCUGGAUGAAGCUUGCGUAAAUGAGUGGCCCGGCCGCGACGUCGGUGUGUUUAUAAGCAUCGGGACAGGCAAAAGACCUACGGGUCCUGGAAGCGACCAAAACUCGCAUCUCUGGUAUGAAGGAUUUAUGAGUGACUUUGCAGAGGCCAGACGGCGACUUAUUUCGAAAAUCGAAGGCUGCGAGCAGACACACCAAUACAUGCUGAAAGGAGGUCUUAGCAAACGUGGAGUGAAUAUCGAGAAUUACUACCGCUUCAAUGUCGAGAUCGGCGUCGGGGAGUUCGGAAUGAAUGAAUGGAAUCGUCUCGCAGAUAUUAGUACUGGAACGCGCCGGUAUCUCGGGAAGGCUCAGGUGCAGCACAUGAAUAUCGCAGCGGCAGCGAAGCUCGCUAAGGUGCUUCGCGCGAAGGCCCGCUUCGAAAGCGAAAAGAAAGGAGGAAGCACGAUCGGUAGCUAUAUGGAUUUGCCGCUUCCCGACGUACCCGAAGCCUACGCAGGAGCCGUCGAACUUGCAGCCGAGGUCCCCAUCCUCCCAUCGAGGUCCCCUCCUCCACGCCCCUCCUACGAGUCAGGGAACCACGAUACUCUUGAAGUCCCCGGUCAGGGCCAGGUUCAACAGAGCUUCUCGCGACGCGCGUCCAACGAGUACAAAGCCCGCCACUCACCACACAAUUCCAACUCCAGUAUCACAGACCCCAGCGUCGAUCAUCCCGAUCGCCUAAUCUUUCAUUCUCCCACCCCGAGCCAGUACCAUACUGGGGGCGGCGGAGAUCUGAUCUCUAUCACAAGUUUCGAUGAGGAGCCUCACCCCCCACCAAAGACACAGCCGGUGAGGGUUGAACCACCGCCACUGCCUCCCAAGACGCCAAUACAAGAUCUAGGUAGUGACGGCCAAGUUAUGGGCAAGUCCAGACCGGCGCUGCCUUACCCGAUUCACGACAGACCGCCGCCGGUUGUUAAUAUGUUGAGGAAGCCGGAAUACACGGGACGAUGA